CGUUGUUGGGAUCACCAGAGUUUCAUGGGAAAAAGAUUGAAUGACAUAAGUACACAGGAGAGCGGUGUGUGCUUGGAAUUUUCGUCACAUUUUAUUUACAAUAAAAAUCCAAACACAAUGCCGACCUACGAACUAUCACUAAUAUUGCGACAGAUGGCUAGGCCCGAUUUGGUGUCCACUCUGAAACGUACAGCCGAAACCAUACUCAACAAAGGCGGCAUCAUCCGAAAGCUGGAAAAUCUCGGCACAAGACCACUGCCACACAAAAUGAGCCAACACGGAGUUCCGCAUCGCACGGGCACUUACUUUCUGAUGCAUUUCGAUUGUGCGACACAUUUGCUGGAGGAUUUUCAGGAGGAAUACAAACGAGAUAUUGACAUUGUUCGUACAAAUAUUUUCAAAGUUGAACAACCUGCACCGAUCGAAUGCACACUCGACGAAGAGAUGCUACCGCCCGCUUACCGGAAAGAAGUUAUUGAAAUGAUAAAAGUUGCGAAGAGGAAAGAGAAACCCAAAUAUGACCAAAAGUCUGGACUGGACUAUUAUCCGUUUCAGAAGUGAGGGUCGCCUUUUGUGCAACCUUAGUCACCAUGUUUAGUUUAUAGAAUUGAAUAAAAAUCAAUUUUCGAUUUAGA